UUACGCGCGUUCCUCAAAAACCCCACUGUACGUGCCCAGAUAGAGGAAGUGCUUCAGACUGUCAACAUGUAAAAAACAAAAUAACAAAGGACUAUAAAGCAAGAAUACAAGUAAGCAACCAAACUAGCUGACUUCAGUUUUCCUGACCUCUGUCCUCUGCCCCAGUGUUUUGAGGCAAGGAUGAUGGGGGGAAAGUGGCAGGACAGGCUGAAGUCUUUGGAGCAGAGAGCCUCAUCCUUUCAGUCAUCUCCUCUGUGCAGUCCAUACAAGCCACGUCUAUCCCGGCCAUGGCAGCCCUCCUCUGUCUGGAGACUCUUCCCACGGCAGAACGCAGCCAUCGCCUUCAUUCAGCACAUAAAACAGGACGUGCACAUAUUUUCACUUGAGAAGGAAGGCAGUGAUGCUGGACAGAGGAUUUUCCUAGUGACCAGCUACAAUGAACUUUGGCAUUAUUACAGCACCCACAGACAGUCUCUGAUGCACUGCUAUGAGGUCAUUCUGGAAGGAGCCGUCUGCAAACUCUACUUUGACUUAGAGUUUCACAAAGGCACCAACACGCACCUGGACGGAAAGAUUAUGGUGGCAAAACUAAUUCAGUAUGUGUGUGAGAAGCUAGAGGAGUUUUAUAGUCUACACUGCGCUGCAAAAGACGUCCUUAAUCUUGACUCCAGCACCUCUGAGAAGUUUAGUCGACAUCUUAUCUUCAUGCUUCCCAGUGCUGCAUUCAAAGACAACUCCCAUGUUGGGCGAUUUAUUCAUGAUAUCCUACAUCCUGUUAUAACCAACCUUCAAAAAAGCAAUCCAGAGGCACCAAAACAGACCAGAGAUGAUGCAGAUGGUUCUCAGACCAAGAGACUAAAGUUUGAAGAGAAGGAUCUUGGCUUUCUAGUAGUCAAGAGCAAAAAUGGGCAGGAACAACUUUUUGUUGAUCUGGGCGUCUACACCAAGAACAGGAACUUUCGCCUCUACAAGUCCUCCAAACUGGGAAAGAAUGCGGCCUUCAGUGUGGCAGAAGACAACAAGUUUGUCCCAAAGCCCUCCAACCACACCACUAAAGAAGAAUGCAUAUUUCUAGAUUCUUUAAUCACCAACAUCAGUUUCACAGGACAGAGGAUUUUGACAUAUGAUAUACCACAGAAGAAUACAGCAGGGUCUCUGUGUUCAACCCUGCAAAGACAGUCACACAGCUCUGAUCUGUUAGGUGAACAGAAGCCGUCUCCUUUUAAAGAAGUGGAUGUAUUUGUGCUGACUCUCUUGUGCAAGGAUGGCAUUCAAGGAAGUAUCCGGCGAUGGAACUACUUUGCAUCUGAACAGCUGCUGGUUUAUGACAUUGAGAAAUUCCGCUGGUGCCACAAUGUGAAGCGCUUCCACAAGAGCAACAACAUCAUAAUUGUGGUGGAUCUCAAAGAAGAAGUGUGGUAUCAGAGAUGCCAUGACCCUGACUGCAGGAGACAGAACUUCAGAUCCUCUAGCUUCCCACUGCCUCCGGAGGUCUGCAUGAGCCACCUACUGAUGAAGGACGAAGAGGAUCAGGAAUAUUUGACGGAUGAACUGGGGAACAUUGAACUUGCCAUGAGCUCUGUACUCACGAAUGCUUCAGCAGAGUCCUCGUCGGCUGCCCGGCCUGAGAACACUGAGGAUUGGGGAGAGUGGCCUGAUGACCCUGCUUAUCUAGAAGCUUUGCAGGAAGUAGAAAGGACCACUGAAGAGGUACCUGAUGAGCUUUUGCUCCAGGCAGUGACUGAGUGUGAAUGACACCAUUGAGUAAUACAUGAAUUUCUUUCUUUCUAUACAUUCAUUUGUAAAAUAUGUGCUUAAACUCUGUUUCUGUUUGAAAUGUUCAACACAAAGGUUCAUUCAUUUCCAUUAUUAUUUUAGAUGACUUGGCUUGGGAUAUUAAACUGUAUAUAACGGAACAACAGGUUUUAUUUACUGAGAUCGAUACAUGUCAAUAUGGACCUUUUACUGCAAACUUAAAAAAAUAACAUGAGAAAUACAACUUAAUUUCUGAGCAUCAAUUAUUUGAAAUCAUUUAAUAUGAAAAAUAGAUUACAAAUAUACACAUUUAUAAUGCUGAGGAAUAAUGCAAAUGCUUAAGUACAAUGCAAUACAUAACAUGUUCGUCUGAUUGGUCAAAAUCAUCUUAAUGUGAUUUUGAGAUCCUCAAAAGGGACAUAAUAUUUGAUCUGUUGCAUUGUAAAAGGUUUUAACCCACUUAAAAAUUAGUUUAAAUUUAAAGUUUUGAUUCAACAGUAAAGUUUGAUUGUUGUCUUAAAUUAAAUAUUUUGCAAUUAGAUUAUAUUUAAAAAGUACAACCUGCAGUGACAAGAUUGCACCUUUUCAACCACUUUCGAUUGAGGUUGGAACUCUGCAACUGAUAAUCCAUAAAAGCGAGUAUAAAUGACAAAAAUUAUUGUGACAAGAGUUAAAUGGA